AUGACGCCCGUCGACGUGAUGCUGGAGGCUCGAGAUGCUCGCCUGGGCUUCAAUUUUCGUCCCCUUUCCAGCGAGUUUCUCGUCUUCUUCAUCAUUUGCGGCCUGCUAACCGUCUUCUUCCUGCUUUACUUCAACCGACUCUUUGCUUCCGCCGUGUCGUAUGCCAUUCGCACAUAUACAUGGCACACAUACAGAGUCUAUAUUGACAUCAAAGCGAUCCAAAUCUCUCUUCUCGGAGGCCGCAUAUUCUUCACCGGCUUACGCUACCACGGAUCCAACGAAACUUUCCUCGUCCAGCACGGAGACAUCACUUGGAGAUAUUGGCUACGCCGAGUACGAGACGCCGACAUAAACCUCUCUAAUUGCUCUGAUGGUUCUUCGGUAUCGGACAGCCAAAAGAAUUCUAAUUUGCCGUGUCGCAUCCAUGCCAGACUGGUCGGUGUAGAGUGGUUUGUGUAUAACCGGAGCCCGGCAUACAAUGACCUUCUCAAUGGCUUGCUCAAUGACGACCCUUCCGCCUCGAAAUCCAGCGGCAUUUCUAACGCAACGGAAGAAGUUGCCCUUACGGCUCGAAGGGGCUACCAAAAUGGCUCCGCAGAGAAGAAUAAGCUCGCGGUCGAUGCAACAGCCCAAGCACAACUUUCGGAGAAAGCCAACCAGCCUCCUCCGUCCUCGCCCCCGGAGCGCUCAUCUACCGCUUCCCAGAGCCCCAGUGAGACUGCAGAUGGGAAUGACGCCAGCAAUUCCCUACCACCAAUGCUUCAGCUGCUCCCGAUUCACGUGGAAUUUCAGAAACCUGCCCUGGUCGUUGGCAAUGACAAUACCAAGGCAAUCCUAGUCUUGAAGGCGAACUCGGCUUCGACAAUUGUAGACGCAGGGCAUACGAAUACGGUUGAUCCGUACCGUCAACUUUUCAAAAUAGAAUUUGACCACCCCGUCAUCGAAAUGCGAGAGAACGAUGAAUUCAAAGAGGACCAGGUGGCCCGAGCCACCAGGCGACGAGAGGACACCUCGAGCUUGGAAACACCCGCACAACGAUCCUUCUUCCGAAAUCGUUGGCGGAAAGUCUUCAACUCUCUUCGAAAUAUGGUACCAUAUUUUCGUCGCUCUGUAGAAUCUUUUUCCGCCGAUUCAAGAGCCGCAAUGGGCACAGGUGUGUCUCAAAUACCUGGCUCAGGUCACUGGCAAGGCUUAUCAAGGUAUCUGGACGAUAGGUAUCAAGAUGAUAAGUCAAGGUGGUCUUCUGUCGAAUAUGGUGCUGUCAAUACAAUUCUUGACUCUCCUUCAGCUGCGCUCACGGUUUAUUGGGAUUCCGUAUCCAAAGUCACCGCCAACGCUCGCAGACACAGCAGCUCGAGUUUCCACACGAGCAUUAACGGAACUGAGCCUCCGGCGUGGGGAAUGUCCUUGUCAGUCAAAGGUGGAACAGUCAAUUACGGCCCUUGGGCUGAUCGACAAAGAGCAGACUUACAGCGAGUCUUUUAUCCAACGCUGUGUAAGAAUAGCACGGCUGCUGUGCCAUUGGCUCCCGGUUCGUGGAGGGUCGCAACACAGUUCAACCUUUUUGUUGAACUAGAAGACGCCGUGACUCUAAGAAUCCCCACUAGAGAGGAGUCCAAGAAUUGGCGUUGGUUUGGAAAAGAACCUCCAAUCGGGCGACAGGGCGUUACUGGCAAGAAGAGACGCAAUCGGAACAAAAAGAGCAGCAAGGGGGAUGCUCAACCAGCCCGACCUGCCGGUUGGCUAGAGAUCAAGGUUCCGUCGAAUUCCACGGUGUCCUAUUCGAUGGAUAUGCUAGGACGCUCAACGGGCUACCAGAAUCGUUUGGACAUUGACCUGCCGAGCACCGAGCUGAGAAGCAGUGUCAACCACGACUUGAUGUGGAAAUCGGGGCCACAGCGCGUUUCUUGUGACCUGUCUAACCCUCUGACAUGGAACACCCUACGCAACUGGUCCUUCAAUAUAACCUGCGACGACAUGAAGCUUUAUCUCCUACGGGAUCACAUCUUCCUUUUAACCGACUUGGUCGACGACUGGGCCAGUGGCCCUCCAUCCGAAUAUCUCGUAUUUACGCCGUACAUAUACCACUUGAAAUUAAACCUGAACAACUUGCAAUUAUAUCUUAAUGUUAAUGACGAAAAUAUCAUCGACAAAGCCACCGCGCAUGACGACAACACCUAUUUAAUUUUAUCUAGCCCAAUUUUAAAAGCGGAAACAUCGAUACCCCUUGACAAGUUCAGACCAAGCAGGAAUUCUAUUCCGUUUGACAUUCGUGCCGACACUUUUGAUUUGAAACUACACACCCCCCAGUCUAACACCCAAGCUGCCUUUUUAAGCUCCAAUGAGCUUGGCCAUGGGGAGAGUCUUGCUGUAACCGGUAGCUACGAAUAUAAUGCCACUACAUCAGUUGCAAACACAGAUACUCUGAUAUUAAACGUCCAUGGACAAUCUCCAUAUGCAUAUCUCUACGGAUUCAUCAUAAGAUAUGUAAUACUGUUGAAGGAAAACUAUUUCGGGGACUUUGUCCACUUCCGGACGCUUGACGAAUACCAAGCACACCUUCAACUCGAGCCUCAAAAAUCCAACACUGACGCUCUACACCGACCUCCAAACAAAAAGUCAAACGACCUCGAUGUCAUCUUGUCUGUCAGAGUCGAUGACCCGCGCAUUUUGCUGCCUGUUAAUCUGUAUUCUGCCAGCCGUUAUGUGCAAUGCGAGCUGGCUAACUUAUCCGUUGAUCUUCGAUUCACGAAUUACUAUAUGGACUUGGAGCUCCUGCUGAGUCCGCUUAGCCUGUCGUUGGGAUAUCCAGCCCUCUCACCCGGUAGCCCAAACUCUUCCUACACCGACACGCAGCUUUUCGUUGACGGAGUUCGUGUUUUUGGCCACCGUACGUUCGGCCUACCUCCUUCCGAACCCACGUAUUUGUGCAAUUGGGAUGUUUCAGUCGGAAUGGUGGAUGGCGAAUGCACCGCCGACUUCCUGACUUCAUUGGCCAAAGGCGGUGUGGCGUUUGGAUUUAUGUUCGACGAUGUUGAGAAUGCCCUUGUUCCAUACUCUUCUCUUGUCUUUCACGAUGUCACUUUUGUGAGAGUGGACGUUGCUUCGGUUCGCUUGUGGUUACAUGUGGAUGAGGCAGCCUUUCUUCUGUCUACAGGAUCUAUCCAAGUACGAAGCAAUGACUGGGGCGGCACUCACUAUUCGAAGCGUGCGAACAUCGGCAUACCCAAUAUCGAAAUUUCUUGUGUGAAUGCGGAAUCUGCGUCAAGGCAUACUUCUCGACGUAACCACCCAGUAGACACUGCGGCUUACUUGAAGACAGAUGUUCAAGUGGCUUCUAUUGGGCGCAAGUUUCACUUCCAGCGAGAGCUGAAGAUGCAGCAAGACUUGAUACGGCGGGAGGAUCAACGCACAGGAAGGACGCCUUUUCUCCUCCGAAAGCCAGUCGACCCAGACUUUGUGCCGGAGCCGUUUGAUCCCCCAGCACAAUGCGUGCCGCCGCCAGCUUUCCCUCUCACAGAAGCGGAUGAUGUUGAUGACAACGCAUCCUAUCGAAGUAUCGGGACGUCUCGCUUUUCCGGUCGUUUGCGACGGCAAAGCUCCUUUUUAUCCUCCAGCUCAAGUCAUACCAGUCUUCGUAGUACAAGGACUGAACUGCGUAGUCGUGCCAGAUCAAGACAGGCCGCACUGUCCACUCAGCCCAGCGGCACAGAAAAGGAGAGGCGCGUACCAGAACAGAGAGGAAGUAUCCUAUCCCAAGGCCCGCGGCUUGCCGCCAUUCAACAGCCAAUUCAAGACUGGCAGCAAAAGGAACAUACCGAGCACUCAUCUGUUGCAUUCUCCAGUCAAUACUUUGCUCCACACUUUCCGCUGGAAAGCGUCCGUCCAGAUGGUCGCGAGGCAACCUUUGAGGAGCUCGAAGACGAGGCCGACGACGACUUUUUUGGGACGGGCGGUUCUCUUGAUGAUUUAGAUCCAAACAACCUCAGCGAUGAUCACGCGCAAGCAAGCACCAUGAUUGAAUUUACCACUGGUAUUACCGCCUUUAUCAGCCCAGAAGCCGUGCGCUACGUCAACUCUCUUUUGUCAGCCUUUCAACCAAGUGAGCCCGAUGACAUUCUCGAUUCACUCCAAACCAGCACCAUUGGGGACAUCUUUUCUGAAAAGAAGCAGAGACACAUCACAGGCUCCAUGCAGGAUAUCUUGGUCAAAUUGCCAAAAGCGAAUAUUCGAUUCCUAAACUCAUCUAUGCUGGACUCACCAGACGCCUCCCAAGAAGAGCAAGACCAGUAUGACAUUCGGAUAUCCAAAACAUUGCUAAUUACUCGCACUGUUAAGGACCGUACCGGAGAUAAUGUGACUUCUCGAACUUCACUUCAUUUCCGUUUAAAAUCUGCAGAGAUAUCGGCGUCCGAACGGCUGUCUUCGAUUGAAACACCCCAGGCAGCGAUCAUGGUCAAUAUCGAUGAUGUUAGUGUGUCACUUGGCGCAAAGGACAUUACCUACUUCGAUGCCGACAUUGGUUCCAUUGUAGGCAGCACAGCGUCUGGCAAGGUCGAAUAUCUGGCGUCAUUGAUUCACCGUACAGGCAGCAUCGCCUCUGAAUUGGGUAAUUUUUUAUCCGAAACCGCCUCUCGCAACGACAACCGAAUCAAGUACUUGGUCUCCCAGCUGUUAGAGGAUGGUCAUGCCACGAAUGACCCGUCGUUCCUCAUUCGGCCCUCUGCGGUGCUUCGAUCUACCCAUGAGCACAUGAGGACAGUUGAUUCAUGGAAACUGAUGAUGCGACUGCGACAAAUAUGGGCAACCUUGAGUCAAAACCAGAGGAGGGAGCUAAUCGAUAGGUGCAGAGACAACCCUCCAGAGGCACACCCAGAUGUUGCCGACCGUGUUGUCUCUUCAUUUCAGAAAUGGCGAUCCUGGGAUUUACAUGAUCCCAGGAAUGCCGUUUUGAUGAAGAAAAUAUUUGGGAAGGCCAUCGAUGAUAAAGAAGAGCCAUCACAAGAGUACCCUCUCCUUGGAGCCUGUCGAUUGGAUGAGCUUCAGUUUGUGUUAGAUCCUGGCCCCAAGCAGAACAACAUUGGAUUUCUCGACAUUGCUUUAAGAGUGGACAGACGACCGCCAGGUCAACGGGAUGUUCUUUCCGAAAUGAAAGACUUUGAUGGCUCGUUGACGAUUUUAAAUCUUUGUUGCGCAGAGGCUGCGAUUCAUUUGAACUGGGAGCUUUGCGAAUUGGCGGAUGAUGUCUUGCGCCUUUACACCAAGGCUCAGCCACAGCCAUCAGAGAAGACCAUGUCGAACAAGCAACCAAAACGAAAAAUUGCCCAGUCAUCCGCGGCAUAUCAUGUAGUGUUUGAAGUUGUGAAAGGGUCCAUGGAGGCAGAAACUGUCAACUUGACAGCCAAAUCCAUCGGUGAUGGACUUAAAACGUCAAUACUCCUAUGCCACGCGGGUGAAGAGCUGAGUGUUGCAAAUGUCAUGCUAACCUCCAACGCGGUUACGUCGAAGCUGCAAAGCCAUGGGAAAAUUCUUGGUGUUUUGCAAAUCCAGAAGCCAAGCGUAUUCAUUGCGCAUGAACUUCACAAAACAACAGAUAUUGACGCCCAUGUCGUCAAAGUAUCGGCGAGUUCUCCAAAUUUGGCUUUACGGGUCAAGGACGACCCCAUCGGUCUUUUAGAAGUGCUAGACUUGCUCAUCAGGGAUGAAGCGGCUCAAGUCUAUAGGCUUAAAGAGCUCAUUCCAUCGUCUCCAGAAGGUCAGAAGAAGCGCGAUAAGAUCAAGCAGCGCAUUUCCACCUUUGUGCUCAAUGUUGCCAUGUUCCUGGAUGGAUAUAUCAUCAACAUUCCGCUGUUACAGUCCUUAACAUAUAAAAUUACUGGGUCUGUGGCGAGAGCAUCAUGCGCUGCCAACUUUGGAAAGGACAUCGUUUUCGAUUUUGAUAUCAAGGAGAACUCUCACGAGAUGCAAAUCAAUGUGAAGAAUGAGCCGCGGAGCAUUUCCUUGCUAGAGAUUCCACCGGCAAAUGGACGAAUCACGAGUAAUAUGCAAUCGACAGAAAAUCUUAUAAGUGUGUUAGCAUCUAUGGAAGUCAUUCGCCUGGACGCAUCGGCUAUAUACAGCUUACUAGCCGCACUGAAUCGACCUCAGAUAUCUGGAGCUAUAGAGGAAGCGCAGCAACAAGUCAAAAUAAUCCAAGGGCACGUAGGUGAGACAUUUGGCACGCAAAGAGAGUUGGAGGCCAAAAACGCUUCUUCAUUGCCUACAUCGACUCCCAACUUAGUCUAUAAUAUUCACUUUGCUUUGGCUGGACUACGGAUUUUGGCCAGGACGCAUCUCAAGACCGUGGAAGAACCCAUGGCCCAGAUCUUAUUUGCGUUAGAAAAAGUCACUCUGCAGGCCUCAAACCAACAAGAUCCAAAUUCCUCACCUCUCAAGUACCCUGAUUUAUAUGUCAACUUGCGCCAAAUUAGUCUUGACAUCCGUCGUGGAAAAGAGAAUUCGCUACGGUCCUGCGGCAAUCUGACAACUGGCAUCAAUAUCUCUGCAAGCUCUCAGCGCGAUGAUGAUGGAAGGGAAGACUGGUCUUUACACUUCCGCAACGAUGACUUAACUCUGAACCUUUCCCCGGAAACUGUUUCGACCAUUGUUGAUGUUGUUGGCUAUAUGGGAUCCAAGAUUAGAGAUCUGGACACGUCCCGUGAACUGGAAUAUCUUCGCAAGCUGAGGCAAUCCAGACCAAAGAUUAGAAUAAACGACGAGGAACAAGAUUGGGGAGAAGAAACAGAUAUUUUCGAGUCUGUUCUAUCUUCCAUUACAUACCGCUUUGAGCUGCGAAAUAUUUGUUUCUGCUGGGACGUGGCAGAUGGAACUGUUGAUCCAGACUAUACCAAGGAGGAUCUAGUCUUGUCGAUAAAAUUGAUCGAGUUUGGCACCCGGACUCGAAAAUCUGCAAGACUGACAAUUGAGGAUUUCCUCCUGCAGACCGUUCCCCCUGGUCAGGACAAGACUAUCCGAUCUCUACAUUCUGCUCUUUUGCCCGAAGUCAUGUUCAACGUGGCGUAUGUAUCAACCGCGGAUGCCCGCCGUAUGGCAUUUCAGGCCGUGGGUGACUCACUUGAUCUUCGAUUGACUUCAGGAUUCAUUGUGCCCGCUGCAAACCUCAUACAAUCUAUUUCAUUGUCCAUGAAAAACGCACAAGCGGCUUCCUCACAAUGGACGAUUGAAGGCCCAGCAGCUGUCGAAUCCCUAGCGUCUAAAAAGACGGAAGACUUGACACCCACACGACAAGGGCAACGUCGCAUGUUCGGAAACAAAAGACUGGAAAAGUUGCUUGUUGACGCAGACUUUGCAGGUGCUGUUGUGUAUGUAUCAACCAAAAGGAAUGCUGCCAGUGCUGUGCCGGAAUCAAAGUAUAGUCAGCCAUCCCUCGCAGGCAAAUACGGCCAGUUCAGUGCAGAUGAUUCAGGCUCAGGGGCUGUAUUACGCAGUCCGGGCUUGGCAUGGAAGGCGGAGUAUCGCGAUAAUGGCAAAGAGGAUCCGUCUCUUUACGGAGAAAUUAAAAUCAACGCGUCAAGCAAUAUCCUGUAUCCCUCGGUUGUUCCAUUGGUUCUCGACAUUUUGUCUUCAGUAAAGAAAGUUGUCAGCCACAACGAUGCUAAUGCUGGUACGGAGCAGAAACCAGAACAGUUGGAACGACCGAAGCUGAAGCAGACCAAAUCUGGAGAUGAAGAUAACUUUCUUACCGCCGAUCCAAGUGCCGUACUUGGACGCUUGAAGCUUAAUCUAGGCCUGCGAAUCUGCCGACAAGAGUUUUCACUAAGCUGUCAGCCCAUAGCUAGGGUGUCCGCUACAGCUUGUUUUGACAGUAUAUACUUUACGCUCAUUACCGUUACUUCCCAAGAACAAGGCAAUUUUUUUGCCAUAUCAGGUGUGAUUGCCAAGCCCCAAGCAUCAGUGCAGCAUGUCUACUCUCGGGAUUCUACGGCCAGCUUCGAGCUUGAUUCGGUCGCCAUAUCUUUCAUGAACAGCAAGCAUUUCAGCGGCACAAGUGGUGUAUCAGCCAUUCUAAAUGUCAGCCCAAUGAAAGUCUCAGUCAAUGCAAAGCAAGUACAAGAUUUUCUGCUGUUUCGUGAAAUCUGGUAUCCAGAGGAGCUACGACAAAAGUCCGCGGUGCAGGUCCCCAAGAUGCCAACAGAAACCUCUCAGGCCCACUUGGUACAACGGUAUCAAGAGGUUGCCGCAACAGCUGCGUUCCCCUGGACAGCAACAAUAUCCAUCGCAGCGCUUGACGUCUGCGUGGACCUGGGGCAGUCGAUUGGCAAGUCAGUAUUUCAGAUCAAUGAGUUCUGGGUGUCGUCCAAGAAAACGUCCGACUGGGAGCAGAACCUUUGUCUGGGCUUCAGAAAGGUUGGGGUAGAUUGUACUGGCCGUCUGAGUGGCUUCGUGGCCUUACAAGACUUUAGACUGCGAUCAUCGAUCCAGUGGCCACAGCGGGAGGAAGCUCUCAACGAGACGCCACUUGUGCAAGCAUCACUGGCAUUUAAUGCAUUGCGCGUCAAGGCAGCAUUUGACUACCAGGCAUUUUUGGUAGCAGACAUUACAUCUCUCGAGUUCCUGAUGUACAAUGUCCGAGAUGGCGGUGACAGAAAUGGGGACCGACUGGUUGCGAUCUUCGACGGCGAAGCCGUGCAGGUGUUUGGGACUACAACAUCAAUAGCACAGACUGUUGCGCUUUAUCAAGCUUUGCAGAAACUCAUUGAAGAGAGGAGAGAGAACUUCGAGUCGUCAGUGCGAGAGAUUGAAAAGUUUAUGAAGCGCAAAUCUAUCAGCUCACGCACGAUAUUGCAGAUGCCUCCAGCAGUGCCAAAGCUUCCGGUGGAUGAUACGCUGUCCAAAUCACCAAUCUCUCUUGAUACUGAUGUGGUGGUGACUCUGAAGGCGUUGAACCUGGGCGUUUUCCCUAGUACCUUUUCCGAUCAUCAAGUAUUCAAGAUGGAGGCUCUCAACGCGUAUGCCCGAUUUGCAGCCAGUAUUGAACAACGCAAAAUACACAGCAUUCUACGAAUGACUCUUGGUCAACUACGGAUUGGUCUGGCAGGGGUUCGAGACGCCGAGGCGCCGAAGAUGCUCAACGAGAUGACAGUGGAAGAUGUAGUUCAAAGAGCUACAGGGUCCCGCGGCGGUACCAUUCUUAAGGUCCCCCGCGUCGAAGCCGUGAUGGAGACCUGGCAGAAACCAAGCAGCAACCAUAUCGACUACAUAUUCAAAAGCGCCUUUGAGGGCAAAGUAGAGGUGGGGUGGAAUUACUCUCGCAUCAGCUACAUCCGCGGGAUGUGGGCCAACCACUCCAAAUCGCUGGAGCAAACAUGGGGUCGACAGCUACCGAUGACGGCAGUCAAAAUCACGGGCGUGCCCGAAACCGAGGGUGAGCAGCAAAAGAUAACAGCCGAAGUCAAUGUCCCCCAGUCCAAGUACGACUACCUGGCGCUCGAACCACCGGUGAUUGAGACGCCGCAGCUGCGCGAUAUGGGCGAGGCGACGCCACCGCUGGAGUGGAUCGGGUUGCAUCGCGAUAGGCUUCCCAAUUUGACUCAUCAGAUUGUGAUUGUGUCGCUGUUGGAGUUGGCGGGCGAAGUCGAAGAUGCGUACUCGAGGAUCCUGGGAUCUACCUAG